AUGAAUAGUCCCCAGGAGGGGGACUAUUCAAAAACUCCGUUGCUCAUCAGAUUUUGCCAUGCCAGUGGUCAGAAGUCAGAGGCAGGAUGGUAUAACGUAGCAAUAUCAAAAGUUCAUCCACUGACUGCUAAACAGCAGAAUCAGGUAAUCCGACAGCCUCCUGUGAUCUAUUCUUCUGGCCAGUACCACGACAUCAUGUUGCUGAGGCUUCGGAGACCAGUAACAGACAUCCCACCUGUUCAGCUACCAAAUUGCAACAAUCGUCUCAAAGUAGGCGAUACAGUUCAGCUGGCAGGAGAGGGAGGAACGACAACCGGCCCCAAUAAUCUGCGAAUACCCAUGCCUCCUGGUUCAUCCCGUCUUCAGUGUGUCGACAUGAACGUUGUUGCUGUCUCCCAGAUUAAGCCGGGAAGUGGGCAUGUAUUUCAUAUUCAAGCACCGAACAAGGAUAUAAGUUUUGCUGACUCUGGUUCAGGAGUGAUCUUCAACAACAUGAUUUAUGGUGUCAUUUCUCAAGCUCCACUAACCUAUGCAUUUCUGGGUCCUAUUGUUGUCAUGGAAGUGUGUGAAUACAUGGAUUGGAUAAAACAAACAAUUGUGCUUAAAUAAAACAAUCAUGAAAUAAAAUUCUCAUCAAACUUCCUCUCAGAUAUAAUUUCAUAUCUGAGUUUGUUCUACAGGUUUGUAGAAUUUGGAUGAAUGAAUAGUUUUGGUUUUUCUCAUCUGACCUUGACCUCCUAAUGGAGCUUCCUCAGUAAAUGAAUGAAAAAGAA